GUUUUUAGGUUUUAGUUUACUGCAUCUAGAUCUAGGGCGUUUUUGUUGGGUUUGUCUGUUUUCGUUUUAAGUUCACUUUAUUUCCCAUAUCAACGUUUAACGAUAUCUGGCCUUGACCUGUAGCAGAAGCACUCCCGUUUCGCGUCACAUCCACUAGAUCUACCGGAUGUCAGCUCCUUCACCACUUAAGUGGCGCCGGAUCGGAUAUAUACGAAUAAGCUGUUGUCAAGCACCUGGAGUCCCCCAGCAGACCCCGCGCGGCCAUGACACCUAUGAUCCCAAGCUGUGUGAAGCCCUUGUACCGGGCGGACGCUGAGCCCCCAGUUUCGCUACUGUUGGCCGGAUCGCCGUUUGCGGAGCCGAGAUGUUUUGGCUGGGACAAGCACAGGGUGGUGGAGUGGCUGGAUGAGGUUGGGUUUGCCAGAAGAAUAUGUUCUCGAGCAUCACCAGCAGAGCUGACCAGAUCUCCCACUCACAGGUACAAAAGUUGCUUCCUCCUCCGCGGUGUAACUGGCCGGACUCUUGUGACCUUGACCGCUGAUGACCUCAGACGGAUGGGCGUCCUCGAACAAGGGCAUGCCAGUCGUCUGGCCCAGGAGAUAGAGUGCUUGAAUUACAUGUCGAGGUCUGGAUCACCGGACAAACUGCCGUACCCGUUCCACAGAGCCCUGUAUUUCGGAGAGCAGUCUCAGCUGGCCGACCAGUUUGACCCGGACAGAAACAUGUGUUACCUGAGUUGGCGAGUACCGGACAACCGGACGCUUAUCCGGAUCUCUAGUCUGUCGGAGGACACCACUGGCUGGUUCGAGCGAAACAGACCCCAUCCACUUAUCUAGGGGUAACGAGUACUAAAAAAACCCGGAUACUUGACGCACUUUCGCUCUGUCCAGGAACGCUACCAAUUGAUUUGAAGAAAGAUACCUACAUUUGAUUAUUUGAGCAACUGGUGUUACUGCCAUUAUUUUAAUCUGGGCCAUCGAGAACAAUUCUGCUAAUUGAGUGGAUAUGCGACACCCGUGACUAAUAAAUACAUUUUACACAGUAAUGUGAUGGCGUAUGCGAUACUUACUUACUUACUUACUUACUUGGUUGGAGAAUAGGCAUCACUGCAGGUGGCACAAUGCCAUAGCUGUUCCUCCCUCCUCCCCAGGAUCCAUGAAAAAGUCUGCCAGCUGGUUGGAUAUUCGUCUGGCUUUUCCACGCAGGUUGCUGUCUCUCCCCGACCCUCUAGAGACACCAGCUUCCCUUAGUCUAUUCAUUGUGUCUGAAGUGGUUCCUUCAUCCUCUCUGUGGUCGUUGAACCAUGCAGUCAAUGCUGCCAUGACUGUUGGUGGAUCUA